GGCAGCACUCCAGCAGAAGCUCGUGCCAAUGGCUGCAAACUCCAAACCUGGAGCUACACAUGGGUUCCUGAGCCAUGUUUCGAUCCUGAGUUGGCGGAGGAGUUUAUUGCAAUUCAUGAGAAAGACGACCUGCCAUACUACGCUGACAGGAAUGGCACUGAAGUUGUGGAUUUCGAUACUGUGUAUACAGGCGAGCUGGAAGUUCUUUACACGGUGUGGGGAUCGCAUUUUUGGCAUUGCGCAUUUUUGAUGAGGAAAUUCUACCGGGGACAGGCGGGAUUGACUGUGGCGAGUUUAGAUUAUGAGCAUGUUGAGCAUUGUCAAAUGUGGUUGACUGACCCAUUUCGGUAUGACUGGAGGCGGGUCAAUACAAAGGCUGUGUUGUAUUAUGGUAGCUGU